UUUAGAAUACGCUUUAAAGUUCGGCAAAAGUGCGGGCAAACAAUUUUUUUAAACAAUAAAAAACGAUUUUUUUCAUCACCUCAAAACGAGUAGCAAAAUAUUUAGCCAUAGUUUCGCUCAAUGGCUAAAUCGUGCCGAAUCAAAUAUGAAUAUUAGUCAACCGACGAAUGUCAUUAGCUGUGAAGUUUCAGUGCGUCACCAGUGCGAGAGUGAGCAAGUAAGUGAUUGAGUGAGUUAGCACGUUUCGAUAUUCGUAUGAACUAAAACCAAAAACCGUAAAUCCCGCAAAUUCGCAAAAUGCCAAAUGUCAUAUACCGUUAGCCGGCCAUCAACGAAUGUAGCCACAAAAUUUGAAGUCCACCCCGUUGCUUCGGUGCGGUACACAGUGUAAAGUGCAUUCCAAUAGAGAGACGUAACCGGUCAACACAAAUCAACUAGCGACAUAUACAAAGGCUACAUACCGGACAUUGAUGACUUGAGCUCGUUGCCAUGUGUGCGUAAAUACAAGCAUAUAUGUGUUUGUGUGUGUUGAACAUAAAUCGAUUAUGGAUUAGACGGAAAUUUGAUUGGUGAGUCUCACUUCCAUCAUUGCCCACAUGGAGGCAGUUGCGAUUGGCGUGUAACUGCAGCUUGGUUAUAUUUCGACGUCACGUGUCAACUGUCGUAUAACGGUACACACAUCCAUGUAUGACAUCCACAAUCAGCCGAUCAGUUAAGUAAACGCAAUUAAAUACGGUGUGGUGGACAGAAAACCAGCUGGCACUUCAUAGUGUGACAUAAAAGUACUUGUGCAACACUCAUACGCCAUGGUGUCCCUCUCACUAGCGCGCGCUUUCUGUGAGGUGGGCAUAUGUUUUGCAGGUGCUUGUUAAUUUGUAAAUGAUUUUAAUAGCAUUUGGAGUUGGUCAAAGGUGCAGUGUAGUGCCACUUUUUACUCUGCUCUGUCAUCAAUUACGCUAGGGUUGGUGUCGCCUGUGAAAACAUGACUCCCUUGAAAAAUUGCGCCUUCGGCGGACUUGGCUCAAUUUGAGUGCGUGUUCGGUUAAUGUUUUUGUGGUCGUAUAAAUGCAAUAAAAAAACAACUGAAAGACUUGCUGAGCGCAUCGGGGAGUUGAUCGCAAUAAAAAAAGGAGCUGCCUCUUCUUAAGAUAAGAGUAUUUUGGCUUUCGCGAAUAUAGAAGAUAAACAACACCUUCGCCUGGCCUGCGAGUGAAGGAGCACUUGAGAAGAAUAGUGAAUUGAGUGAUAGUGUUGGAUCUCUGUGCCGAAGUGCCACUCAAAAGGACCACAAAAAUAACAGAAGCAGCAGAACUGGAGAGCCGCCGUGUGUGAAGACAAGAAAAGGAGGGGACUCAAUUGGAAAAGGAAGAAGAACAAGCAUGAAAAACUCACACAUGCCGGGACAUAUGAACUUAUAGUAAUAAAUCAUUGCGAGUAACCCGCAAAAAAAAAACAAAAUACAACAACUAAAACGUCGAACGAAUUUGAAUAUGAAUGACAUUCCAAUGCAAUUCAGAGCAGAAGAAGAAGAAGAAGAAGGCGUAGGAGAAGAGCAAGAGCAGAAGCAGUAAUAUAACUGUCACAACACAAACUAAAUGCCACAAAGGAAAACAAAAACAAUACAAACAACGGUUCAAUCGAUGUCACCGAACAAUUGAAAAAUGCUCCCGCAGAGACAGAUAAGAGGCGAGAAGAGCAAGAAGGAAACAAGUAAUACAACCGCAAACCGAAUAUUAAACACCAGUCUAACGGUUAAGGGAGAAGAAAAAGCAGUUUAAUUGAAAAGGAAGAACAAGAAAUAUUGCUAAUAACAAAACUAUCGCUUCUAGUAGAGCAAAAACAACAAAACCAACAAAAUAGUCAAACUGCGAGGUGGGGGCGAGCAUGUUUAGUCAACUGAAGAAACUCAGGGAAGCUUUAUAGUGUCGAAUACAAGUGUGAAGAAAGCAUAAGACCAACAUAAUGGAGGAAGAUAAUGCGCAAGAGCGUAAGAAAGGGAAGGUGAAGGAGGAUGUGCUAACAAUUGGAGGCACUCAAGUAGAAAAGUCUAGGCAGCCAGUUGUGUUAAGUGAAAAAUCCUAUCCCGAAGCCAGUUUCGCUAGUGAAGGUGCCCCUCAGAGGAAGCUCGAGGCGUCAGCAGGCGGAAUAGCGAAAGAACUGAUGCACGUAAAUGUGGAGGCAGCAGAAGAGCCCACCGAAAUGGGUACUGAUGUCGACGAGAUUCCCACACCACGUGCUUUAGCAAAGGUUGAUAAAGCGGUUAGCACAAAUGACACACUCGAAGAUCUGCAGCGAGCACUCACUUAUGAAGUAAUCUUCACAACGUUGCUGGAGAAAAAAGUGUUGGCCAUCAAGCGAGAGUGUGAGGAACGUAAGCGCGCCAAACGCAUGAAACGAAAGUCAAUUGGACGCAUAUUUUUCAGUAGAAAGCUCUUUGGCGGUUCGCGUAAGAUCCGCGGCGAUAGCGAGCCGGACGUUUUCAUGCGUGGUGACCUUGGCUCGGUAAUAGCAUCCCCAAAGACAUUUCGUCAGCCAAAGGUCUCGAAAAAGACAUAUGUUGGUGGCACCGGUCUGUCAGACGGCGAUGAAAUAGAAGUCUUCUCAACAUCGGCUUCAGCAUCGAACGGUAGUCAUCGUUCACAGUUGGCACGCGCUACUCUCACAUCGUCGCAGAGAGUCAAAACCCAAUUGACAUCAUCAACAGCAGGGCAAGUCGCAGACGACAGCGUCGCUAGUACGCUGAGUAACUCAACCGACAAGAAUGAUGUAAGCGGCACUGGUGGUGGAGGUGGUGCACAGUCUGUCACGCGACGCAGCUUAUUAGUACGUGCUCAGACCCACACACCAGCUGAAGUGAUGACAUCGAGCUCAGGCUCAGGUGACUCGCGUCCCGCUGUCCAUAGACGCUCUAUGUCUGUGACUAAUGGUAACGGCAAUAGCAAUGGUGCUCCUGGCGGUAUGCCCAUCUCACUUUUGGAGCGUACCUAUGACACCACCUCGCUGGCGAGCGGUUAUGAAAAUGGCACUGGUGCUCGCCUGCACACCUCGACAAUGGCAGAAGAUAGCCUCACUUCGUUGCGCGAUAGCAUAGAGAGUUUAUCCUUUGCAAGUUCGCGUUGUACCGUCAGUUUUGGUGGUGCCGAGGUCAUACCGGAUGAGACUGCCUCACUUAUUUACGAGCGCGCACGUCUAGCGAAACGUCUGCGCAUACUCGAGGCCAAGUCGAUAAGCGCACAAUGCAGCCCCAUACUGCCGCGGCAUUUGAUCGCCUCAAUACCAGCACCGGAGCCUAUGCCGCCCUUGGGCCAGACAACCAUUGUCAGCAUCGACAAUGCCAUGCAAGUCUCCACAACUACGAAACAUACAAUUACACCCACCACUGCCGUUCCUUAUACCGCCUCGUCGAGAGCUGCCACCUACUCCACUGUCGUCGGCGGCGAUAUCUCAACGAUCCCCACCAGUAAUAAGAUCACACAAACAAAACAGCACAUCUUUCGUCAUCAAGUGUCUUAUACGGACAGUACUUACGGCGGUGUGGGUGACUUUGGCGACAUGUCUGCCUAUUCGCGGUACAUCUCGCGCCAGAAUACUUCCGAGGAGAGCGCAAAUUUGACUGUCAGCACAUUGUUGAACCAAAGCGACUCGCUGUCGCUGCAUGCACCUAUCUGCUCGCCAACCACCUCGAGUGCUGGUGGAGCCGGAGGCGUUGGUGCCUUCAUGCUGGGCGAUCGUUUCAAAUCGAAAAGCACAAGUCUGUUGGUUGUAGGCGGUCCUGCUCGCAGUCGUUUAAUGCCAGCGCCGCAAAUACACAAAGCGCCUAUUUUGCCCAUACCGGGGAAAACUGGUGAAGAUCCAGUAAAUGGGAUUCUGUUGAGUAAUAUUAGCCGUAGUGAUCAAUUAGUAGAUAGUUUAAAUAGAAAUACAUUUACUACCGUUGGCAUCGCACCGCCAGCAGCGCCAUCUAACGCACAAAAAUCGCUACCCUCGCACCCCAAUACUAUCGCUACGACUGAUGCGACCCUAGUGUCUCCGCUUCCUACCGCACUUUACCAGGCGGACCCGGCGGAAGCAACUACGGCUGUUAUAGCGCUCAACGGCACAGGAUUUCGAGGUGGCGGCGUCAACGGGGUCAUUGUAACCGGCGCUGCAGUACCUGCAGAUACGGCCAAGUUGAAUCGCAUGACUUCUACAUCGACUGGUUCCAGUGUGGCGCCGACCGGUUGUUGCACCACAACGAAGUCUUCCUCGCGUGAUCGUGAGAAGGACAAACAACGCUUCAAGCCCAGCUGGCCACCGGGGCAGAGUGGCAGUGAUGAUGAGUACCGACGGCGCAAACGAAAAUACAAACGUUACCACAGAUGUUCAGACCCCGUUUUGGUGUACCCGACACCGGGUGGCUUGCAACACUGCAUUCUUAGUAUGCAGCCUAAUGAGCCGCUCCAACUUCGGUACAAUGAUGAUUUUCCUUACGACGUACAAAUCCAAAUGGACGACGACAAAACUGACGACCUUGAAGAAAUAGUUCCAAGCAAUCAUCACCGACAUCGAAGACAUCGUCACCAUCGUCACAAAAAGCGUCGUCGUCAUAAAAAACCAAAAAUUCUUGUGCAGGAUUUGGAAACGCACGUAGUCAAGGUGGUCGAUCCCGAUGACCUGUCGCAGCGGGCACGUUGCACAAUCAUUGUGACGGCGUGUCUGCUGCUUAUCAUGUGCCUCAUGUUGGUGGGCGUAACGCUGCGCAUGGCGCCACUCAUUGACGAAAUGGGUAAGUGCGAAGUUUUAGUAGAAAUUCUUUAUUAAAUAAAGAAAUUUCCAUUUUUUAACGUCGUUAUAUUAAUUAUUAAUUACCACUUUAUAUAUAUAUAUGUAUAUUUAUAUGUGUAUAUGAACGUCUUGAGCGCUCUUCUCUUCUACUGCUACCCCUGUGUUGGCUUUGUUUUUCUACUUUUUACUCAUCUUUGAAUUAUAUUAUAUUUAUAUGAUAAGAAAAGUAUAAGAGAAAUCAAUCUUACGCAUUCGAGCCAAGUACAUAGCGAGUACUUGUGGUUAAACAGAAAACUUUAACUGAACACCAAUAGCAAAUAUUCUGGUGUAAAACACAUAUUCUACUCUAUAUAUUAUAUAUAAACGUAGUGCACAUACCCUGUUCUUGGCUGCCGUCAUACCGAAAUCCCAAAUUGGCUCAAUACAUCAAAAAGUCAA